AUGGUACCGUUUUCUGGCGACGCUGAGGAGACACCAGAAGUACGAGUGCGGAAAGACGCCGGAGUUUCACUGCCCGAUUUCGAGUUGCUAUUACGUGACCAAGCACAAGUUCACGCUCAAGACCCACAUCAAGAUCACCGAAAAUCGCACAACAAUUCCAAGAGGUUCGAUUGCAACGAUUGCGGAAAGGUGUACAUGAGUUGGGCGGCGUUGCGGAAACACCGGGUCGUGUACUGCGGCAAAGAGCCGCGAAGGCAAUGCCCGAUGAUCAAUUGCAGCUACAGGACGUACAUGAAGGGCAACCUGAAGACGCACAUCUUCUCGCACCGGCACGUGAAAUCGAUAUUUUGCCCGGUGUGCGGCAAGGGCUACAAGAACAAAAACUCGCUGAACCACCACAAACUGAACUAUUGCGGGAAGGAGCCAAGGUUCAAGUGCCCCAUCGAGAAUUGCCUUUACAAAACGUACACGAAAAUUACAGAAGUUGUGUAUCCGUGCGAAAAGUGCGGCAAGAUUUAUAAAAAGCUAAACUCGAAAAACUGCCACAAGUCCAAGUACUGCGGCAAGGAGCCCAAGUUCCAUUGCCCGAUUACCAGUUGCGCGUUCAGAACGUACCUGAAAUCGAACUUGAAAACCCACAUUCUCACACACACCAGCCACGACCAGCGGUACUUGUACCAGCUCAUCGAUAAUCUCUAUCAAUAA